AUGUGGACGGUUCCAAAGCCCCAGUACCGGGCCGGAGCGUGCAGCGAGGGCCGGGUGGCGGUGAACGUCGGCGGGGUCCGGCUGGUGCUGCUCGGGGACGUGUUGCGGCGCUACCCGGAGAGCAGGCUGGCCGAGCUGCUGGACUGCUGCUGCGACCGCAGUUCAGACGUCGUCCCCUCGCUCUGCGACGACUUCGACCCCGGCAGCAAAGAGUUCUACUUCGACCGCGACCCCGACGCCUUCAAGUGCAUCAUCGACGUCUAUUACUUUGACGAAAUCCACAUAAAGCGCGGACUUUGCCCCAUCUGCUUCACCAAGGAGAUGGAGUUCUGGAAGAUAGACCAGGGCGUUCUGGACGAAUGCUGCAAAAGUUACCUGAGUGAGAAGGAGGAAGAGCUGACGGAGAUUGCUAAUAAGGUGAAAGUGAUUUUGGAGGACGUGGACGUGGAGCGGAGCCUGACGCGCACGCAGCGGUGCCAGCGGCUGCUGUGGAGGCUGAUGGAGAAGCCGGGCUCGUCCCCGGCGGCGCGCGUCGUCGCCAUCGCAUCCUUCCUCUCCAUCCUGGUGUCGGCCGUGGUGAUGUGCGUGGGAACCAUCCCCGAGCUGCAGGUGGAGGACGCCGAGGGGAAGCUGGUGGAGCACCCGAUCCUGGAGGGGAUCGAGACCGCCUGCAUGCUGUGGUUCACCGCGGAGUUCCUGCUGCGCCUCGCGUCCUCCCCGCACAAGCUGCGCUUUUUGCUCUCCUUCAUGAACAUUAUAGACUUCAUGGCCAUCGCACCCUUCUACGUGGUGCUUUCCCUCACGCACCUGGGAUCUGCGUCCAUGAUGGAGCUGGGGAAUGUGCAGCAGGCGGUGCAGGCGCUGCGCAUUUUACGCAUCGCGCGUAUUUUCAAGUUGGCACGCCACUCUUCGGGGCUGCAGACUCUGACCUGCGCGCUGAAGAGGAGCCUGGCGGAGCUGGGGCUGCUGCUCAUGUACAUGGGGGUGGGUAUCUUUGUCUUCUCCGCGCUGGGCUACACCAUGGAGCAGAGCCACCCGGAGACGCUGUUCAGGAGCAUCCCGCAGUCUUUCUGGUGGGCCAUCAUCACCAUGACCACGGUGGGGUACGGGGACAUCUACCCCAAAACCACCCUGGGGAAGUGCAACGCGGCCCUGAGCUUCCUCUGCGGCGUGAUCGCCAUCGCCCUGCCCAUCCAUCCCAUCAUUAAUAACUUUGUGGUGUUCUACAACCAGCAGAAAGGGCUGGAGACCGCAGCCAAGCACGAGGUGGAGCUGAUGGAGCUGAAGGCAGACAAGCAGGCGCGCAGGAAAAGUGGGGAAUUAGAUGAAGGGACAACAAUGGAAGCGAGUUAAGAGGAUUA